GGCAAUGGCAUAGUCGCUGGAUAUUGGUGGCUAGCGCUAUGCCACGCCCUAUGACGAUUUGGCCAGGGCUCGCGGUGUUCAGGGUCCUCGGUGGUCGUCGAUGGUGAUGCUAGUAGCAGCGAUGAACACCACGGGCUCGAUCCAACUGUCCCACGGGCAGGGCUACGUGCAGCAUCCCACGCCAAUAAGCACUGCAGGCCCGUCUGCACCCACCACCACCGCCGCCGGCGGACUCAGGGUCCAGCAAGUCAGGUCGAUCCGUGUGGCUUCAUGCCCCUCAGCCGCUGCAAAGAUGACCUCAGUUAGUGUUGCACAUGAAGCUGAAGCAGUGGCAGCGUGCGCCAGAGCGAGUGGGCAGGCGGGCGAGGGGGGGCUGGCUUGACCAGGGCUGAAGGUUGGGAUCUCGAUCGCGCAUGGGCAGUGGGAGGCCUUCUAGCGCUGUGCCAAACGGUUCGCACCGCCCGCGCAUGGUGUGAGUGUGAGGUGGAGUGUGAGUGUGAGUGCCU